AGUGAACGAACCUCGCUAGCAAUGUGGUGGCGCACGUGUGUGGUGCUGGUCUGCGUGACAGCAGUUCUGGCUGACGAGGAGUGGCGGCAGGUGAACACUGCGCAGGGGCCCGUGCGCGGACAGAAGCACCCCAGCGGACAUCUGUACGCGUUCUACAAUAUACCCUACGCCACAGCGCCUAAGGGUGCCGACAAAUUCAAGGCGCCUCUACCACCAGCGGUAAGGACGGAACCUCUGGACGCUACUGAAAAACGUGUAAUAUGUCCACAGAACAAAAUUGUGGCUAUAAUGCAAGGUUAUGAAGAAAUGACAGAAGACUGUCUCGUAGCCAACAUAUUUGUACCCGACACAAAUGAAAGAAAUCUUCCAGUUCUCGUUUAUGUACACGGUGGGGCAUUUAUAAUAGGCUUUGGUGACUCGGCUCGGGGAACACAGCUAAUGAAGUCGAAAGAUUUUAUCAUGGUGACGUUUAACUAUCGACUUGGGAUUCACGGGUUCCUUUGUUUGGGCACUGAGGAUGUACCAGGCAAUGCGGGCAUGAAGGAUCAAGUGGCGCUGUUGCGCUGGGUGAAGGACAACAUCGCCAACUUCGGCGGUAAUCCCAAUGAUGUCACCCUUGGAGGUUGCAGCGCUGGUUCUGCGUCUGUAGACCUUUUGCUGCUUUCGAAGUCAGCGAAAGGUUUAUUCCACCACGUUAUUCCUGAAAGUGGUGGAAAUCUUGCCGUAUUCUCAAUGCAAAGAGAUCCAGUACAAAUUGCCAAAACUCACGCUAAAAACCUUAAUUUCACCAAUGUUGACGACAUUUAUGCUUUAGAACAGUUCUAUAAAUCAGCUUCGAUGGAACUGUUAACUGCAGACAUAUUUUUUGAUAGAACUGAUUCUACAUUCAUGUUUUCACCAUGUGUGGAACGUGAUACUGGUGACGGAGCAUUCCUCACAGAAUCUCCUCUCACUGUUCUUAAGAACGGCGAGUACGAUAAGUUACCCAUGCUGUAUGGUUUUGCUAACAUGGAAGGCCGUUUCCGUGAACCUUUUUUUGAGAUUUGGAAAGAUAAAAUGAAUACAAACUUUUCGCAAUUCUUACCAGCAGAUCUAAUAUUUGAAACUGAAGAAAAGAGAGAAGAAGUUGCCAACAAAGUAAAAAGUUUUUAUUUCAAGGAUCAGUCUGUUAGCAACGAUACUAUUUUGGGAUAUAUUGACUUCUUUUCGGAUGUAUUAUUUACACACUCUAUGCUUUGGGCUGCAAAAUUACAGGCGGAGGCAGGGAAUAACCAAAUAUAUCUGUAUGAGUAUUCGUUUGUGGAUGAGAACGUUCCAGUAGUGGCGCACACUGACGUUCGCGGUGCUACUCACUGCGCUCAAUCGGGCGCUGUGAUGGAUGGUGGAGACGAAACUAAAGAUACACUAGAAUUUCAAAAUAUGAGGAAGAUUAUUCGUGAAAUGUGGCACAACUUUAUUAUAGCUGGUAAACCAGUACCCGAGGGGUCGCUGUUACCGAAUUGGGCGCCUGCCGGCCCGAACAGAGCUCCAUACAUGUCACUGGGUGUGAAAGUAGAACAGAAAGGAGUAUUCCUGGAAGCCCGAACUCAGCUGUGGGCAGAAAUCUACGAACAACACUAUCUGGAUUCAGUACCGCCGCCAACACCUGAAGUUGUAACUGAUUCAGCGCACAGCGAUAUAUUAUUAUCCUUUAAUCUAAUAAUCUUCAUUGUCACACUGUGGCUAACGAAAGUGUUUUAAAUUAUAUGUUUUUCAUUAAUAAGAAUGAUGUUAGCAUGA